UCCUAAGUAACAACUAUAAAUAGAGCAUGUCCUUAAUGCUCUUCUCUCAAAACAAAAAUAUUACAUUACAUCUCUUCUUCUAAGUAGAGACUAAACAACAAAUUUAACAUGUCAGAGACACUUCGUUUGGCUGUUGCUGUUCUUGGCAAUGCUGCCUCAGUCUCACUUUAUGCUGCGCCAAUGGUUACAUUUAAAAGAGUAAUAAGGAAGAAAAGCACAGAGGAAUUUUCAUGCAUUCCUUACAUAAUUGGAUUGUUGAAUUGUCUUCUUUUCACAUGGUAUGGGUUACCUAUUGUAAGCUACAAAUGGGAAAAUUUUCCUCUUGUCACAGUUAAUGGAGUUGGAAUUGCUCUUGAGUUAUCUUAUGUUCUCAUUUAUUUCUGGUAUUCUUCGCCCAAAGGAAAGGUGAAGGUGGCGAUGAUCAUGACACCUGUUCUGCUUGUGUUCUGCAUAGUUGCAGCUGUUUCAGCUUUUUCAUUCCAUGAUACAGCUCACAGAAAGUUACUUGUUGGAAGCAUAGGUUUAGGUGUUUCUGUUGCAUUGUAUGGUUCUCCUCUUGUUGCAAUGAAGAAAGUUAUAGAAACAAAGAGUGUUGAAUUCAUGCCACUACCAUUAUCCUUGUGUGCUUUCUCAGCUAGUGCUUGUUGGUUAGUUUAUGGAAUCCUUGUUCGUGAUGUAUUUGUUGCGGGUCCAAGUGUGGUUGGAACACCCUUAAGCAUUCUACAGCUUGUGGUUUACUUCAAAUACAGAAAAGCAAGGGUUGUGGAAGAGCAAAAAAUUGGGGACUUGGAAAAGGGUAGCAUAGAGUUAGAGAAGGUGGUGAAAGUGGAAAAGAUUGUCACAAAUUGUGAACAAUGUUGAUGUUGUUGAGGGACAAAAGUCCAAGGGUUUUAGAGACUUAUAUUCAGAUUCCUUCUUUUAUGUGUUUUUCUGUAUACUGUAAUGAAAUAUCCCCCACUAUGGGUGUUGUAAUCAAAUCUUUCUCUUUCUUUCUCUCUCUUUUGAUGAUCAAAA